AUGUCAAUGAUACUCCGGGAGCAACUGGAUGAAAACGAAAAAGAAAGAAACAGGGACCCCUGCGAAAUCUUUGACAAAAUUGAAAAGGAAGUGGCCCAAAGCGGGCGGCAGCCGGAGACCCUCGGUCAGGCGACUGAUGCAACCGAAGAAACGGAAAAAGUCCAUAGCGCAGACGAGAAGCCGCCUUCUCCUAUUACGCCGGAAGGUGGCAUUGCUGCUCCCAACCAGACUGACAACAAAGAGUUGAAUGAUACCAAUGCGGAGCCCGCUCCAGCAUCUCCUGCCAAUAACAGAAAAUCAAAAACCAAGCGCUUUCUGCCUCAAAUCAACAACGACACCAACCAGAAUCACUAUCCAAACAAAGGAAACAACGAGGGGAGGAAGGCGCGCAAGCGACCUCCAAUUAAAGUGUACUUAGCAGAUAAGUCGUGCACACAGGUCAGGCCACUGUCCGACCAUGUGGUACCCAGGGAUGCACACGCAAGCUUAAACUGUGUUAGAAAACUGCCUAAUAUAACAGCACUUCACAAUUCCACUUUCAACCCUGUCCCCAUUUCCCACAGACGACAUCUUCCAGAAAUUAGACGGACCACACAUCGCAGAAAACUGCCUUUCAUCGGGUCAAUCAUUGAGAACCCACUAAACACGCAUGACUUUGAGGAGCAAAACUAUGCCCGGUUUGACAACACUGCCUAUAGUCCACCCCUCCGCGAGCCUUUCGACUUGAAUUGCCUACCCCGGAAGGCAGGUCAGUGGAAGGAGCAGCGAGAUGAAUUACUGGACAAUAACCGGGAAUGUGGACGUUCGACGUCUCACCUAAGUCUGCUGCCAAAACAGAAACCCAUCUCUCAGAUGCCCCGCCAGCUAAUGCUGCAUGAUCAGGGAUCGUUUGACUCAAACAACGGCGCUCAUAGCAUAAUGCCACCCACACUGGUUCGGACAGAAACUGAAACCAGCUACCUAACCUCCUCGUUGGGAAACAGCCCCUCUCCCAAGUACAUCCGAGACGACCAAGUAGGACUCCUGUGA